AUGGCGCCCAGUCCACCUCCAGCUCCUAAACCUUACCGCUUCACGCACGGAAACCACAGAAGUGCCUCGCUUUCUCCCACUGUUGGUGUCGCCAACCGUCGAGGCCUUGGUCCGGGAGGACAGCCCAGGCAGAGUGCCGUGAGGAGACCGCGGCCGGCUGUGCAUACAGAUGGAAGUGGUCGUGAACGAAGUAUGUCCACGCCGCGGCGGAGGAGAUCGUUUAGUACCGGUGCUACUCCAGAGCCGGUUGGCGAGCAGGAUUCUGAAGGAGGAGGUGAUGAGAACGGCAACGACGACGAUUAUGACGAGGGUGGUGUUGACGGCGAGCAGCCCACUGGGUCAACUCCUGCGAUCCAGCCACCUCUUGGCAAUUCUGUAGACAACCCAAUCCUGAUCUCACCAAAUGGGUAUGAUUCAAGCAGUUUCGACGACGACGACGACGACGACGACGACGAGCUGCCCGAAGACAGUGGGGAGGACCUCGAGCUAGAUGAGGCACAGCAGCGACCUUCUCGGGCUUGGGAGCGUCGACUAUCAGACUCGCCACUCACGAGCUUGGAGAAGGCAAUUGCAGAGCCUGCCACGCCGCCCGUACUCGGUGUUCGGAAUCCAGGGCGAGAACCUUCAAGGUCUCGCACCAGCAGCGCAAGACGCAGUGGCAGUGGUAGUCGUAGAUCUGAGCGCAACUCGCCACGUAUACCGGGUCCAUCAGCCAGCAACCCUCAAAGCGGAGGCGAUGAUGAUCGCCAAGAAGAAGAAGAAGGAGGAGGCGACGAUCUAUAUGAUGCAACGCCCAAAUCAAAAAGUUUGAAGUCAGAGUACUAUAUGCCCAUCUCAAGAAGUCCGAAAUCGGCCUACUAUACGCCCAACUCAAGAGGUCCGAAUUCAGACGACUAUCCUCUAGUUGAUACACCACUUUUCUCGCGUCAAGCGGGUGAACAGCUUAACAGAGAGCUGCAGCAGAGUAUCGAACAGGAGCCUGGCCCACGGCCAAGACCGGGAUUGGGAAACGCAUUUUUUGGACUUGGACUUGGUCGGCUGUUUUCUGGGGCUGGCAAGUCUACUGAGCAAGCUCGUGAUCGUCCCGGUCAUGGUCCUUCACGAUCAGGCAUUGAACAGCAACGUGGCCAAGACCGCCAGCAGAGACAAAACACCGAUGACCUCCCGGAUUAUGAAGAUGAUUCUGCGCAAUAUGAGGAGCAUCCGGCUGUCAAGAAGCUUGAUGAUUGUGAGAAGGACAGAGCUGACCUUCAAGAGGCGCUCGACCAGGCUCUGAAGGACGCCAACGAGUUUGAAGAGCAGAAGUGUGAUCUACAAUGGCAACUUGGAGAAAUGACGAAAGAGCGUGACGACCUACAAGCUGAGAACGAUGCACUGCGCGCAGCCAGCGACACCGACUCUCCUGAGAUCGUGGCUGGAGAAUCUCCAGACGACGUUUUCGAGAAGCCAGACGAUGCGUCUCCUGCUGCUGGCGACGACGACGACGCCCUCAAGGAGUGCAAACGCGCCAAGAAACGUUUGCGGCGCCAGAUUGCCGCGUGGAAAGACAUUGCUAAGCGGGCUGAGGGCGAGAAUCGACGCCUGCAAGACGAGUAUGCUGACCAGGCGGCGCGGUACAGAGAGCUGCAGGAUAAGCUGGAUGAACAGGUUGAGCAGAAUGUAGAGUGGCAGACGAAGCUAGCUGCUGUGGGCGGAGAGUAUGAUCUGUCGGAAGCGGAGAAGAAUAAUUUGCGGACUGAAGUGGCGACGUUGGAGCAGCGGAAUGGACAGCUGGAGCAGAGGAUUGAGGAGCUUGAGCAAGAGGUUCGCGAGCUGAGAGAGCGACCUAAUAUUGGAUUGAUCACUGAAGAUGAGUGCGACAAAAGACGCAAGGAGGAAGUUGAUAGCCUAAAAGCACGAAUUGCAGAGCUGGAAGCGCACCUCGCCAAUACCGAGGGAGAGCUUGAGACGUCGGAGUUUGCCGGAGAGGCCAUGGAAGAGCUGCGUGACGAACUGGAUGAUAAGUUGCGAGAGCAGCGGGCUUGGACCGAAGAGUUGCAGGAAAGGAAUGCAUUUCUUGAAAGGGAGGUCAUAAAGCUGAGAGAGCGAACCGAUGAAAAGUUGAUUACUGAAGAUGAAUGCGACGAAAGACGCCGGGAAGAAGUUGAUAGCCUAAAUGCGCGAAUUGCAGAGCUGGAAACGCGACUCUUCGAAGCUGUGGAUGAGCUCGACACGACGGAGCGUGACGAACUGGAUGGUAAGUUGCGAGCCCUUCAACAGCGAUAUGAUGGCAUCGAGAAGCGACUCGAGGAUUGCCAAGAGCAUCGCAAAGGCACCGAUCAACACGAAGAACAGCUGAGGCAGGAGUUCAUCGACAGGGAGACGGAACUUGCGUCUACUAUCGAUGGCCUGCAGGCCCAGCUGAGAGAUGCUAAUGCGAGACUCAAUAAUGCCGAAGGUACAUCGUCUCCCUCGAGGAAGAGGAAGCGUAAUUCCUCGAGCAGUCGGUCAGAUGAAGACGUGCGUACAGAGCUCGAGGCACAGGUUCAGAAUCUUCGAGAUGUGAAUGCGGAGCUCGAUGCUCAGGUGGAGCAGUUUAAGGCGGAUUUGGAAGAUUGUCGCAAGCACAGGAGAGACGUGGAGGAUGGUCAGACCCCAGCUGGCGAAGGGAACGAUGAGGAGGAUGAGGAGGAGGAUGAAGAGGAUGAGGCGGAUGAGGCGGAAGCAGAGCCUCCUGUACCCAGUGAAUCUAAUCGUGGUCGUGGUCGUGGAGGCGGGACAGGUGGUAGGGGCGGUAGAGGUGGACGAGGACGAGGCAGAGGAGGACGAAAGACAGGGUCGAAACCUGCAUCCAAGGCUGCUGCAUCGAAAGCUCCCCGAAAGUCUACGCCGAAGCCUCCGCCGGCGAAAUCAACGCAUACCAUGGAGAUGAGGAAACGGUAA